AUGUCAAAUCAAUUUAAAAUAUUAUUAUUUGCAAAGGUAAAGGAAGUUAUAGGAAAAGAUUCUAUAUUUAUUGAUCUUCCACUUGAUGAAAGUACAUCAUUCAAUUUAAUUCGAAAGCUUAAACAUAUAUAUCCACAAAUAUCAUCUACUUUGGAAGUUAGCUUAUUGGCAGUAAAUCAAGAAUACAUUUCAAGAGACCAAGAUAUUAAAAUUAAUUCUAAUGAUGAAAUUGCCAUUAUACCACCAGUCAGCGGAGGUUAA